GUAGAGUUAGUAUCAGAAAGGAUUAGCUUACAUAGGGGAAUCAGAGGGCACACAGAAUGUGACAUGCUCUCGACCAAGUCAUCGUCAACCAACCCUAUAAAGAUCAUUGUAGUGCCAGGCAAUCCAGGUCUAAUCGAGUUCUACAUCGAGUUUAUCAAGACCCUAUACACAAACCUGAACGGUCAAUAUGAUAUAAUUGGAGUAUCACAUCUUGGACAUUGUGGACAGAUACAAGAACAAUUCACUGUAGAGGAACAGAUUGAGCAUAAGGCAAUCUUUCUGGAACAUCUUCGCGACAAGAGAUAUGGGUCGAUCAAAGAUGGCGUCAAGUUUGUGCUGAUCGGUCACUCGGUCGGCUCGUACGUCUCGAUCAAACUGGUCAGUCGCUACUCGGACCAAUUCAACUUUGUAAAGAAGAUCAACUUGUUCCCAACAUUCAGAGAUCUCUACGAUGGAUUGUCACCAUUCAUCAAGGUGGCCAUACAGAAUCGUUGGAGAUGGGGCGUGGCCUCAUUCCUACAUUACGUGCCAUCGUUCGUACUUAAUGGCGUACUGUCCACUAUACUGCCAACGGAUGACAUGCGAGUGGCACUACAGUAUAAGCUCAACUAUUGGACUGCCUUAAACAUCCUUUUCAUGGCCCACUCAGAGACGCUGGACAUCAGACAUUUGGACGAUGAAUGCAAGAAAGUGUUUAAUACUCGUAUGGACGACCUAUUGUUCAUCUAUGGUCUCACCGAUCCAUACACGCCACAUCGAUUCCACGACGACCUCGUGGCAGACUAUCCCGCGGGCAACAUCGAGUACGCUGCACCGGGUGUACCACAUGCCUUUGUCCUCACUCAUUCAACAUUGGUAGCCAACCGUGUAUCAGAAUGGCUUUCACAAUCUCUCGAGUCCAAA